AAGCCGGAACCUGGCGGCGGGUUCCGCCCUCGCGCUGGGGAGGAGUCCCGGCGCUGUGCUGCAGCUGAAGCAACUUUCACACCCUUCUCGCCCUCCCCACCGACAUCAUGCUCCAGUUCCUGCUUGGAUUUACUUUGGGCAACGUGGUUGGAAUGUACCUGGCUCAGAACUAUGAUAUGCCAAACCUGGCUAAAAAACUUGAAGAGAUUAAAAAGGACCUGGAAGCCAAGAAGAAGCCCCCUAGUCCCUGAUGCCCGCCUGGCACUGCAUUCUGGACCCACCAAUUCCGUCCGGGGGUGGGGGGCCUGCCUCCUUCAUAGCCACAUCCAAAGCCACAUCCACUUUGGUCUCAGACCCUGUGUGUUGCCUCAGAUCCAACAUGGGCCAGAAGUUGAGUUAGCUUUGCUUUUCCAGCAUCUCCCCUUCUUCGGUAUCUUCUGCCCAGCUGCUUCUGAGUCCUAAGACUGGAACUAUGGUGCUAGGUUAGCAACCACAACCGUACUCACUUACCUGUGCUAUGGGAGUCCCACCGCCUGUUGUCAAGAAAUGAAUGGGUUUGGAUAGCUUCUGUGCAUUUACUGCCUAGCAGUGAUAGCAGGAGCUUGCCAGACAAACUAAAUUUUAUUAAAGUAAUUAAAAUCAGUAUCUUCGAACCA